AUGAUCUUAGCAGAGAUUCCUGCCAGUGUGGGCAGCUGCCAUCAACUAACCAUCCUUGAUUUGGUGGACAAUCGAUUGUCAGGCAGAAUUCCUGUGACUUUUGGAAGCCUUCGUGUUCUGGAGCUGCUAAUGCUAUACAAUAAUUCUCUUGAAGAUUGGAAAUCACCUUUGCUGGAAAGAUUGAGGCUGGGAAAUAACCAAUUUACGAGCAAAAUCCCUUGGACACUGGGUUUAAUCAAAGAACUGUCUCUAUUAGAUCUCUCAGGUAAUUCACUUACCGGAGAGAUGCCAUUCCAGCUUUCCCUGUGCAAGAAAUUGACUCAUCUUGAUCUCGACAACAGCCUUCUUUUUGGGCCGAUUCCAUUUUGGAUUGGGAGUCUUCCUCUAUUGGAUGAGCUCAAGCUCUCCAAUCAAUUUUCUGGUUAUCUUCCUCGUGAAUUAUUCAAUUGUUUUAAGCUUCUGGUCCUGUCUCUGAGUGGGAAUUUACAUAAUGGUUCCCAGCGUCCUGAAAUUGGUAAACUCGAGCCUUUAAACGUUCUCAAUCUUGACAGCAACCAACUUCCCGGUCCGAUACCUCCCACCAUUGGUCAAUUAAGCAAGCUCUAUGAACUCCACCUUUCACAAAACAGCUUUAGUCAAAUACCAGUUGAGAUUGGACAGCUCCAGAAUCUGCAAACCAUCCUAGACUUCAGUUACAAUAACCUCACUGGAAAAAUCCCACCUUCAAUUGGAACGCUGUCCAAACUCGAAAUGCUCGAUCUAUCACACAACCAACUCACUGGAGAACUCCCUCAAAUGGAUGAGAUGAGAAGCUUAGAAAGACUGAACUUCUCUUACAACAACCUUCAAGGAAAAUAG